UGUUGUUAAAAAAGAUUAAUAAAGAAAAGAGAAGGUAUAUAUAAAAAUAAUAAUUAAAAAAACUGUGUUGUCUCUCUCUCUUCCCUCACACAUCGCACAACACAGGCUCAACUUCUCCGUUCCGUUGUGUUGUGUCGUGCUGUAUUGUGCUGUGUCUUCUUUCUUCUUCUUCAUUCUCUCACUAUCACGCUAACGACCCUAUUCUCAAUUCCAUCCAACAAACUCUGCAUUUUCCAUUUCUUUUUUUCCCUAAAUCAAUUACACUAAUGCUUCUUCGUCUUCCUCUCUCAUCAACAACCUAGGGUUUCUCUCCGAUUUUCCUUUCAUUUCGCCCGGAUUUUGGGGUUAAGCUCAAUCUCCGGCUUCCAUGGCUUCCAACUUGAACAUGACUCCUAAGCUCGAACAGAUCCACGGUGAAAUUCGCGAUAUCUUCCGAGCCCUUGCAAAUGGCUUCCAGAAGCUGGAUAAGAUUAAAGAUUCCAAUAGACAAAGCAAUCAGCUGGAGGAACUCACUGGGAAGAUGAGGGAUUGCAAAAGGUUGAUAAAAGAUUUUGAUCGUGAAGUUAAAGAUGAAGGGGCAGGAAAUCCCGAAGAAGUGAAUAAGCAACUCAAUGACGAAAAGCAAUCAAUGAUCAAGGAGCUAAACUCAUAUGUGGCACUGAGAAAAACGUACAUGAAUACCAUUGGUAAUAAAAAACUUGAACUUUUUGACAUGGGAGCUGGUGCAAGUGAACCCGCUGAAGGAAAUGUUCAACUCGCAUCAGAAAUGUCAAAUCAAGAACUUGUCAAUGCUGGGAUGAAGACAAUGGACGAGACUGAUCAGGCUAUUGAGAGGUCUAAGCAGGUUGUACAUCAAACAAUUGAAGUUGGCACCCAAACUGCUUCUACCUUGAAGGGCCAAACUGAUCAAAUGGGUCGUAUUGUUAAUGAGCUGGAUUCAAUUCAGUUUUCAAUUAAGAAAGCCUCCCAACUUGUUAAAGAGAUCGGUAGACAGGUAGCUACAGACAAAUGCAUCAUGCUGUUUCUGUUUCUUAUCGUCUGUGGUGUAAUAGCCAUUAUUGUCGUGAAGAUUGUGAAUCCCAACAACAAAGAUAUUAGGGAUAUCCCAGGAUUGGCACCUCCAGUUCCCACAAGGAGGCUUUUGUAUGUUCGAACAGGGGAACUUUAUGAUUAAUUCUUAUAUUCGAACCAGAGCUUUCUCCAUCCUAGUCCUACCAAGUUGGUUCUUGUUCUUAUCGAUGGAAAUAUUAGAGGAUCCUUUUCUGGAGGCAUCGGUUUGAUUUUUCUGGUUAUUCUUUCUUUUUAAGGAUUCCUGCAUAUACUGUUUGUGAUUCUAUGUAAAUGAGGAUCUUAUGCUUUUCCUUGAGUGCCACGUCCACGUUUUUUUCUUGUAACAUUCCAAGAUUUAGGCCUAGAAAGAGUAAUACUCUACUGUGAAAUUCAUGGUGUAUAUGUAUAUUUUAUUUGGAGGUUCAUUCCCCUCCCCUUCCCGAUUUUUUGGUGUAAUAUAUGCUUGCAUUUUCAAACUGUCUGCUGGAUCAGCCUUGUAAAUCACAUUUAUUCCAAGUUAUGUUUGCAGCUGUUUAUUCACAAAAA